AAACUAUUAUCGGAAUUUUUUUUUUUGUUUAUGAUUUUUUAUUUUCAAUAAAUUAAAAAAUUGAAAUAAAAAAGCGAUGUCAAACAAGCUCUUAGUAGUUAACUCUAUCUUUCCAUAAUUGAAUUUAAAAGUCUACAUCUAUCAAAAUAAAAAAUAAUUAAAAAAUAUAUAUAUAUAUAAAAGUCCAUAUGAAACUAAAAAAUAUGCUAACCUUAAAAACGGCAAACAAAUCACUUUUUCCUUAUUCCUCUAGACUCUAGUUUACAAAAUCUCUAAAAAAAUAUGCAUAACUAAAAAAAUAACAUAAAAAAUAAAAUAAAAAAAAGAAAAAGAAAAGUGAAAAAGACAUAAUAGAAGGAAAUCCAAAAAGAAAAAUAAAAAGAGACAAAUAAAAUCCAAGACGUCCGUAUUUGAUAUUCUCACAUCCUCAACAAAAGACGCUCUCUCUCUCUCUCUCCCUCUCUUCUUCUUCUUCCAUUCUGUCCUUGCGUGUUGUCCACUUCUCUCUCUACACUCUCUUCCCCUUUCUCUCUCCUCUUGAAAUUACCAAACUACCCUCAUCUCCCCUUUAUCACCUCCUUCUUCCCCCCCUUCUCCACCCCCUAACCAUUCUCACUCACUCCUCUCCAAUGUCGAAACCACCACCUCAUCCUUCAUCAGCCCAGGCCCAGGCCCAGCCCAUUAACCCAGCUUCCUACUCCCACAGCCCAGCCCACUACGCCGUCGCACUCCACGACCACCCCACUCUAACCCGCCUCCUCUCAACCCUCCCGAAACUCGCCGACCCGACCCGAGUCACCUCGGAAUCCGAAUCACUCCUCCAAGAAAAACUCUCCGAUCAGAUCUCUUCCCUCCUCGACCGCCGCGACGAUAUCCCCUUCCGUGACACUCCCCUCCACCUCGCUGUCCGCUUAAACGACGCCGUCUCCGCUCAACUCCUCGCCUCCGCCGGCGCUGACGUGUCACUUCAAAACUCCUCCGGGUGGAACCCUCUUCAGGAUGCCGUGUGUCGCCGGAAACUUGAAAUUGCCAGGAUUCUUGUUCAGCAUCAUCAUCUUGCUGCUUGGGCUAAGUGGCGCCGUCGUCUCCCGAGGUUACUUGCUGUUCUUAGGAGAAUGAGGGAUUUUUAUUUGGAGAUUCAAUUUCAUUUUGAAUCCUCUUUUGUUCCUUUUAUUGGCAAAAUUGCCCCCUCUGAUACUUACCGAAUAUGGAAGCGCGACGGAAACUUACGCGCCGACACAACACUCGCCGGAUUCGACGGAAUGAAAAUCCAACGAGCUGAUCAAAGCUUCCUCUUCCUCGGCGAUGGCGACCCUGAAAAGGACAUUCCAGAAGGUUCUCUUAUCGUUCUCAACCGCGACGACGGCAAAGUUUUCGACGCUUUUGAAAACGCCGGAUCACCGAUGACGGAUGAUGACGUGGCGGCGUUUUGUUCUCAAACAAGCGUUUACCGACCGGGAAUGGACGUCACUAAGGCGGAGCUAAUUCCCCGCACAAAUUGGCGUCGGCAAGAGAAGAUUGAAAGCGUCGGAGAACGGAAGGCGAAGGUUUUCGACGUACAGAAUGUAGUGUUUAGUUUUAGGUCGAGGAAAGUAAGUUCUAGAGAUGAACAAGUUCUGCCAUUAGAGCUUGAUGAAGAAGAUGAUUUUCUUGUGGCAGAGAAUUUUGAGUUGAAUUUUGAUGAUAAGAGGAGGCAUAGUAGUUUUGUUAAGGAGGAGAGAGAGUGGGUGUCGGUUGGGAGGAAAAGCGUCGAUAUCAAUUUUGCGCCGUCGUCUAAGGUGGCGGAGAGGCGGCGAGGUUCCAGUGUCAAUGAGGCGUCGAGGAUACCGGUAUUGGAGAGGGGGCGAGGUUCGAGUGUUAAUGAAGCGUCGAGGAUACCGGUAAUGGAGAGGGGGCGAGGUUCGAGUGUAAAUGAGGCGUCGAGGAUUCCGGUGGUGCCGGAGAGGCGGCGAGCUUCAUCAGUGAAUGAGGGGUCGAGGAUACCGGUAGUGGCGGCAUCCUCGGCUGAGGUGAAGACAAAGGAGAAAGAGUAUGUGAAGAGUUUGCGGCCGACGGUGUGGCUGACGGAUGAUUUUCCGUUGAAGACGGAGGAGGUGUUGCCGUUGCUUGAUAUAUUGGCUAAUAAGGUUAAGGCUGUGAGGAGGUUGCGGGAGUUGCUCACUACCAAGUUUCCACCAGGGUCAUUUCCUGUUAAGAUUGCAAUCCCUGUGGUUCCAACUGUGAGAGUAGUGAUUACAUUUUCUAAAUUCGUCGAGUUGCAACCAACCGAGUCUUUCUACACUCCGUUGUCAAGUCCCAGAUUCUUGAGCAACGGAAAUAGUGCUUCCGAAGAGGGAGAAAAUCGCACCACACCUGCAUCUUCAACUUCUUCGUGGCUAAGACGAAGUAACAGCAGUCGAUCAUCUAACAAGACGCAGCAGUGUCCUGAGGCAUUGAUUUCAGACCCAUUUGCAAUUCCCAGCGGAUACAGCUGGGAAAGUAUUGAUAGUAAAAACCGUAAAAUGAAAAAAUCUAAAUCAGUUAGGAAAGCAAAGUAGAUAGGCAAGUACAGAAUUGUAGUGUAGUUGCUAAUUUUGCUUUCCAAUUCUUCCUCUUUGUUGUCCAAGUUGCAUUACUUGCAUACGUUGUAGAUAUAACAAAUAUUUAUCAGCCAUAGGCUGCAGAGAAUGAGAGCAAUGAAAGAAACACGAAUUCUACGGCCCAAGCACGUCUCUUGAAUUUACAUCCAUUUCAUCCUUGGACGUUAAAAUGUAAGCAAUUGCUCACUCUGCUCUUCGGGUGUGCUGAACAUCGAAGGCUCAAAGCUACUCUUUCGUUAGAUGCUAAUCUUAGUUGGCGCAAUCAACCAUGAAGUACUUUAACCAGAGUAGGUUUUGUAUAAAUUCCUCUAGCACAUCCAUGAUAAAGACGAGCAGUCUAUUAUUUGUGAGAUUGUCUCAUGUAAGACUUUGCACUAAAUAAAAAUUGUCAUAUGUUAAACUU